UUUGCCCUCCUGCUUGCAGGUGGCACCGAUUCAGCCCUGGUGACCUUUAAGGGCUGCGCCACCCCGGCCAUGUGCCAGAGCUCGCUGCUGGCCCUGGUGCAGGAGCUGGACGGCGCCGAGGUCUAUUGCUGCACCGGGAGCCUCUGUAACACCCGCAUCAUGGACGGGCGGGUGGCCGAGGGGCGGCCCAGCCACCCCUCCCCCACCCACGCCCCCACCCCCAAGCCAGGCUUCAUCCUGGAGGAAGACCAGGAGGAGGAGGACAGGGUCCCCGUUGCUGGGGGCCACCCUCCGUUGGCAGGGAGCCACGGCGACCGGGAGGCGAAGACCACCGAGAGUUCCGAAGGGCGGGGCUUGGAGGAGGGGACCGCAUCUGCCGAAGACCGCAACAACGCCGGCUCCAGGGACAACGCCUUCAGUGCGGGAGGGGUCUUUUCCGAGAGCAACGCCGCGCGGCCGACGGGCGUCCCUCACCCCGAUCCCAGGGCUACAGGCGGCCCCGCUACCAUCGUCCUGGACGGGAGCAGCCGCUCGGAGCCCGACACCAGCAAGACACCGGAGAACGGCCGGGAGAUUCCAGCCGGCAGCGGCCUGGCCCACACAGACGCUGAGGAAGAGGAGUGCGAGGAAGAAACCAGUUACUCUGCCCGGGACCACAUUACCGGUGGCUCCGGCACCGAAAGCCGCACCGGGUCAGCCAGAGAGAGCUUCGUGGCCGAGGGCAGCGCCGCUCACAGCACCGGCGGCUCGACUCCCGGCUCCCCCGGCCACCGGAUCGACACCGUAGUCCACAUCCCCCAUCUCGCCACCAGGCAGAAUGAGAGCUUCUUCUCUGAGGACAAGGAGGGAAGUUCCAGCCAGCCCAGCGCCUCCCCAGCCAGCCCCAGCGGCACCAUCCUGGCCGCCGGAGGAGCCGGAGCCGGGUCCCACCGGGGGAAGAAUAAGACCCUCUGCACCAAGCGCCCGGGAGUGGCUCCGGUCGGCCAAGAGGGCUCCUUGGAGCGCACCGAGGGCGACCGGGACUGGCCAACCAUCUCCUUCCCCAUCACCGUGGAAAUGCCCAACAGCUCCCUGCGAGGUCACCUUGGCAACGCCAGCGCCCCGGGGCUGGACUCAGUGGAGGGGCUGGUGAAGAACACCAGCGACUGGUUGUACGCCAACACCCCGGGGAAGCCACGUCCCCCCUACCCCAGCGGAGCCUUUGGCCUCGGCAGCAACUUUGGCCUCGUCACCCUCACGCUCCUGCUCGCGGUACUGCUGCACUGAGCCCUGCGCGGAACCCAGGAGUCCGGGCUCCCAGCCCCGCUGCUCUAACCCACUAGACCCUGCUGCUCCCUGCCCAGAACCAGGGAGAGAACCCAGGCGCCACCCUAGCACCGAGAGCCUGCCGCCGAGCGGAAGGAAAGCCCUGGCCGGUACCGGAGCAGGACACCUGGGUUCUUUGCGCUUGGCUGAGGGUGCAUCUGUGAAGGUGACCCCAUCGCUCCCUGCUGGCUGGAAUCGAAAAUGCUCCCCCCGUGUGUCAUAGACCCCGUAGUGCUAGUGGCAGAGGGAGAUUUCCCUUAUAGAACAGGGGGCUGGGAGCUCCCGUAGUGGCUGCUGCUCCGAGGGGCCCUAUCCACUCUAUAGGUAGAUACGUAUAGAUUAUCUAGCGCUGUAGACUGCCCUGUACUAGAUCCGUUAACCCUUGAGAUGCUGGAGGGUUUGGGGUUUUUUUGCCUGUUAAAGGCCUGGAUUAGAAGAGGGGGUGCGACUUAACACAACAACAACACAACCCAGCACUGCCAGACCGCACAUCCAUAUGGCCACACGGGCAGACAACAUACAAACGCACAUACACACCCCUGCUCCAAUACACAAAACACACACAUCUGCACUAUCCGAACACACGCACCUCGCAGACACACAAACACAAGUACACACAAGGCAGGCAGCGUGCACACACACACACACACACACACACAGAGUUUAUUUUGCUAUCUAUGAAGUCUCCUAGGGCUUAAAUAUUUAUUCCGGAGGAACUUUACCCUGUCAGACAACAGCCCCUGGGGAUGGGAGGGGGGGGGUCGUCCCCGUUUGCCCCCUGCCCCUUAGCGCCCCAUGCUGGGGGGGGGGAAGGGGGGCGCGGUCUCAUCCCUCAGCUGGUUGGCUGCCGACGGGGCCCUUUACUGCCCUGGGGAGACGGAUUACCCACCACCACCGACCCCCACUCCCAGUUGAUGCUUAAUUUAUUGUCCAGUGGUGCAGGGACGGAACC